AUGUCGAACAGUCGUCCUGCCCCAUACAUGGUGGCAUUAUCCGGAUGGCCGGAGCCGGUUUACAUUGCCGGACCACCAUUAGGUUCAUCUCGUAGUGGCACGCCCGGUCCAUCUUCAGGCGGUGGAGAAUACAGAGAAGGCGUCUCCAGAGUAGACAUCGAACAUCAUGCUGGUAAGGGGGAAUCUUCCCUACUCCCGUUCCAUCUUCGAGCAAGACCUGAAGCUUGGCCCCCGGCAGAGAGCAUUUUUUCAAAAACUUGCAUGUACAAUAACGACCCGAACAAGGAAUGUCUGGUUCCAGAUCAUCCUAAUCACAUUGCCAAAUAUGCUCAACAACGCUCAAGUGUUAUUGGGACGCCGACAAGAGCCGAAUCACCAGCACAGUUCCCAACAUCUUCUGCUCGCAGUACACCACAUCCAUCUCCACCUGGAUCUCGACGAGGAUCACCAAAACCCCAACAUCUUCACAUGCCCCACAACUCCUCCCCUUUGACCGUGUCAUUACAGGACGAAUCGAGCAGUCAUUCAUCAGCACAGUGUAACAAAUCUUUCAGCGAUCCAAGAUACGCUCCUCAUGCAGCUGUCCUGACCAAUCGUCCCGCACUCGAGCUGGCGCCGAGUUGGGCAUCAUCUUCCGUUCACUCCGGCCCUCAUCACCAGCCUUCCGUGCACCCACACAGCACAGGUGUCGGUGUCAGAGUCCCUGCGGGGCAAAGAGGCACAGGUAUCCUAGUCAUGCGUGCGGUGCCCGACGUCUACCCAGCCCCAUCAGUCCCGGGCAUAGCAGGCAUGGCAGCGGAAAUGUCCCGGACAGCGUCCUCUGGAUCGAGGCGUAAGUCUAGGGCGGACUCUGGGAGAAAUCCCGCACUAGAGGUAGCGACAGAGGUGUACCCACGAGAUCCAGAUUCCGCCAUUUUGUGGAGUUCAGCCAGUCGUAAAAGUUCAAUGGCAUCAAUAUCAGUCAAGCAGCAGUUGGGAGCAGCAGGUGAAGGAGGCAUGGAGUUGGACGAGUCCUGA